UAAUCCUCCCUUUUUUCCCUUCCCAAGGCUGCAUGCAGCAGCAAAAGCGCUGCAGAAAUGCAGACCGAAGGGGGUCUGUGGUGGGCAAGAAGGGCCCUGCUCCUCGCCAUCCUCUGGGCUACUGCACACCUGCCUCCCCCAGGGGUCUCUCUGCCCCAGCGUCACCCAAGGGCUACAGGAAAUAGCACCCAAUGUGUUAUCUCUCCAUCAUCGGAGUUUCCUGAAGGGUUUUUCACAAAACAGGAGAGUGCAGAUGGAGGCAUCGUAAUCUACCUCCUCAUUAUCCUCUACAUGCUCAUGGCCUUGUCUAUUGUCUGUGAUGAGUACUUCCUACCCUCCUUGGAAAUCAUCAGUGAAUCCUUUGGAUUGUCUCAGGAUGUUGCAGGUGCAACUUUUAUGGCAGCCGGUAGUUCAGCUCCUGAAUUAGUUACUGCUUUCCUGGGUGUAUUUAUCACAAAGGGCGAUAUUGGCAUUAGCACCAUUCUUGGGUCUGCAAUUUAUAAUAUCCUUGGCAUCUGUGCAGCCUGUGGAUUACUAUCUAAUGUGGUUUCAACACUAUCAUGUUGGCCCCUGUUCAGAGACUGUGCUGCAUAUGCGAUUAGUGUAGCAGCAGUUCUUGCCAUAAUAUUUGACAACCAAGUUUACUGGUAUGAAGGAACUUUACUGAUUUUGAUAUACGGAUUAUAUGUUUUGGUGCUGUGUUUUGACAUUAAAAUUAACCAAUAUAUUAUAAAGAAAUGCAGUCCUUGCUGUACCUGUCUUGGCAAAGCUAUGGAAGAGAGAAGUGAACAACAGCCACUGAUGGGAUGGGAAGAUGAGGAUCAACCAUUCAUCCGAAGACAAUCAAGAACUGACAGUGGAAUAUUUCAUGAAGAUUCUGGCUACUCCCAGCUUUCUUUAAGUUUACAUGGUCUUAGUCAGGUUUCUGAAGAUCCACCAAGUGUUUUCAACAUGCCUGAAGCAGACUUAAAAAGAAUUUUUUGGGUACUAUCCUUUCCCAUUAUUAUACUACUUUUUCUAACCAUACCAGAUUGUAGAAGAAGGUUUUGGAAAAAUUAUUUUGUCAUAACUUUUUUCAUGUCAGCACUGUGGAUAUCUGCAUUUACAUAUAUCCUGGUUUGGAUGGUCACAAUAACUGGGGAAACAUUAGACAUUCCAGAUACUGUAAUGGGCCUUACAUUAUUAGCAGCAGGAACAAGCAUACCAGACACGAUCGCAAGUGUCUUGGUUGCAAAAAAAGGCAAAGGAGAUAUGGCUAUGUCUAACAUUGUGGGAUCCAACGUGUUUGAUAUGCUGUGCCUAGGUGUUCCGUGGUUUAUUAAAACUGCAUUUAUAAACACAUCUGCUCCUGUAGAAGUGAACAGUAGAGGACUAACUUACAUAACCAUCUUUCUCAACAUUUCGAUUAUUUUUCUUCUCUUAGCAGUUCACCUCAAUGGCUGGAAACUAGACAGAAAGUUGGGAAUAGUCUGCCUGUUAUUAUACUUGGGGCUUGCUACAUUAUCAGUUUUAUAUGAACUUGGAAUUCUUGGAAAUAAUAAAAUAAGGGGCUGUGGAGAUUAACGUUAAUAAUGUUAUGUGGAAAAUGUGAAUGAUGGGGAGUGGCAGAGAAGGAAAACUCCAUUUCUUCAUUUAAGUCAAAUAAAAAAUAUUCUGAACUAAAA